UCCAAAUCGGAUGUUUUGCUUAUUAUAGCUUGACGUAGAUAUGGCCGGAUGAGGAUGAUGGCUUCUUCUUGUUUUGUAAAACGUGAAAUACGCCAGAAAUCUGGAUUUAGGCUCAGUUGUGGGCUGGUGGCUCGUAGGACCUGUUAGGAAGACCUCCUCUUGGAAUAUGGUGUCCCUGCCCUGAUUUCCGCCAUGUAUUCCAAGCUGGAAUCUAAGAUUCCAAUCCUUCUCUUGGUCUUUUUUCACUGUUGCCAAGGAAUAAUUUUGCCAGUUCCUCCCCAACAUCAGCAACCACCGGACAGAACAUCACUUACUUUGGAAAGGGCCUUCGAGGAGGACCAGCAACCUUUUGUUAGCGAGGAAGACCUUAGCCAAGAGAGGAUGGAAUACCCCCAGCCACCGGGGGAAAAAGAACGUUGGGAGGGUUAUGAAAUCCUGCAGAGUCAGCCUAUACCAGAAGGUGAAGAGGAUGGUGACAUAUCAGAGGAGUUAUUGCAAAUCGACCAGGCAAGUCAGUCGAAAGGAUGGGAUCAAGGUGAAGAUGUCAUUGAUGAUUAUUAUUCAGCUGAUGAUAGGCCUAGUACUACACCUCCGGUGAAAAGCGACGUAACAGGAAACAACCAUGGCUUCCUACAAGAUAGACCUAACGUCGACUCGCAGAGAGACGGUGCAUCUAAAAUCGCCAAUGCAGACGACUGGGGUCGUUCUAGUGAUGAAAAGGGCAAGAUAACUGUAAAGGAAAUGGAAGGAUACUUUCCGUAUGAGAUCAGAGGUAGGGAAGCCUGGGAGACAUUUGAUAAAUAUGGGAAAUCUUCCUUGCAAAAGACGACCACUGACCGGGACACGUGGAACUACGUUAGAGAGAAAAUUGAAGACAUGACUGUCAUGCCUGGGGUUAAAGAUAUUCAGGAAAGAGGCUUCAAAUGGUUUUUCGGAGGCAAGAGCUCCAGAAAGGGGAAGAAGAGGCCCGGAACUGUGUUUCGACGCACCGAGAAGCCGAAGAAAGGGAACCGGAAAGGAAAUGAGGUCGUGAGGAGGAAACCAUCUUCUCCUUUGCAGAACAGACGCGCGACUGCCCAGAAAAUCUGGAACCGGGGACCAAUAAAAUCUGAGGAGAAGAAGAAGAAGAAUGACGAAAAUAGCAGUGAAAUUUCAGAUAACGCAGAAUUUAAGAGCAACGCAAGAGAUAACUGGAAGAAAUGGGAUAAAGGGGUAGUACUGGAUGCUGGAAAAGAGGAUGAUGUACCUGUACUCCAAGACGACAAGGGAGAGGUCUGGAAGGAGUUAGAUGAUGAAGAAAGAAAUGAUGAGGAUACGGAGGAAAGUUUACAAACAGACAUUGACGAUCUAAAAGAUAGCAGGGAAGACGAUGAUGAUGGAAGUAGUUCUGGAAAUGUGAAUGAAUCAUCUGAAAUUCGAGACAGUCCAGAAAAUGCCUGGGGAAAUCUGGAUAAUGAAGUGAGUAAUGAAAUGCCCGCAACUGUGAGCAGUAGGAGAGACGGCUGGAAGAAAUGGGACAGGGGAGCAAAGGAUCCUGGAAAAACAGAUGAUAGACCAGAAUUUCCAGAAGACCAGAAAGAGGCAUGGAAAAAAUGGGACGACAAUGAUGGAGGACCCGACGAUAACAAACAAAAACCUCCAGUUACCCAGUCAUCUCGAAGAGACAGCUGGAAAAAAUGGAUUCACUAGGAAUCUAUUCCUGAUGGAAGAGGGUCUUGGGAGAAAUAGGGUUGAAAAGAAUAUAUAUAUAUAUAUAUAUAUAUAUAUAUAUAUAUAUAUAUAUAUAUAUAUAUAUAUAUAUAUAUAUUAUAUAUAUAUAUAUAUAUAUAUAUAUAUAUAUAUAUAUAUAUAUAUAUAUAUAUAUAUAUAUAUAUAUAUAUAUCUUAGCAGAGCCUCUAAGAGUUCAAAAUGAUCAACAAUGCAAUGAGAGAGAGAAUGAUAAGAGGAAGCCACUGCAACGGUUGAUGGCUGAGGAGAUGUAUCUGCGCGAAGGAAAAUAGUGGUCAGAUAUUGUUAAAACUGUCAACGAAACUUUGGAGCUGUCGAUAAAAUAUAUCAGUAUACACAAUAAGUAAUUAAUAACAUUUGAAGAACGAGUUCUCUCUAUUCGUCAUCUUUGCUCAUUUAUAAUUCAAUGUCACUAGGAUGCAUUCUUGCACAGUUAUUUACCGCAAGACUCAAAGUCCCAGAGAUCUGGUGAACACCCGACCCAGUGAUUAGGUUAGGUUAUGAUGGACUGUUGAAAUAUGGGUAUUCGAGUGUAUUUUCACAGUUUUUAACGGUUUUAUAAUGAUUUUUUUUCCUCUUUGCCGGAAUCUAUUGACUUUGCUGCAUUAUUGGCGUGUGUGAAGGGUGGUAUAGCAAAACACAGAAAGAGGUGGUUUGCCAACGAAAUAAAAACUAUUCGAAAAAAAACAGUAGGAAAAAAUUGUUUCUUUGGCUAAAAAAAAAAAAAAAACUGCCGUGUGUACUUACAUAUAUUAAUUUUAUUUGUCAAAAUCACUUUCGUGUGUACUUUGUCAUAUUAAUUUCAUUGGCAAAACCACUGCCGUGUAUACGUAGACAUGUUCAUUUCUUUGGCAAAACUCUGUCAUGUGUACAGACAUUUUAUUGGUGUCUAAAGAGAGAAUACAAGAUAUCAGACGCUAUCUGAUAAAUCCAAACAAUCUAUCAGCAAAUUUUUUAUACCAACUAUACUGUAAGAGGAUUAUUUUUUGUUGAUUUCGCCAAUCUGAGAAUCCAUAAAUAAAAUCACUUUAUAAAAAGAAAUAUUUGCAUUUAUAUUCUUCAAAUUUGCAAUAUGUCCUUAGUAUAUGGAGCAGUAAUGUAAUGAGAAUAAAAAUUGGAUGAGGAACCCAA